AUGACUCAACAGCUCAAGAAAGGAGCUAAGGUCAAUUGGACACCGGAGUGUGAGGCAAGCUUCCAGUUGUUAAAAGAAAAGUUGACCACCGCACCAGUCCUAGCCGUGCCAGCACCAGGAAUAGGUUAUGUGGUGUACAUAGAUGCAUCAAAGAUUGGACUCGGGUGCGAGCUGAUCCUGAAUGACAAGGUGAUUGCAUAUGCAUCACGCCAAUUGAAGCCGCACGAGUUAAACUACCCAACAGAUGACUUGGAAUUGGCGAUAGUGAUGCAUCUGGAAGUAGUGAGAGCACCGGAGACGGUGGAAAGUAGGAUUGCCACCUUGGUGAUUGAACCGGACCUAAGGGCCAGAAUUGUUGAGGCUCAAAGGAGUGUAGAAAUAAAGUCAAACAAAUAG